GUCACAUGCGGUCACAUGAAAUCGUGUGGCGUCGGGAACUCAUAGGACCUCAUCAAAAUCUUGAAGACUGGGGGAGAUUGUGCUUAUUGACCGUGUAUUCGAAUUCUUGAGCUCAAUCCGGAUGACGGCCUAUGUGAAGUUUACGCCCCUCUCGGGGGCCCGCAACGAAGAUCCUCUGUGCUACCUGCUGGAAGUCGACGAAGCCAAGAUUCUUCUGGACUGCGGAUGGUCAGAGCGCUUCGAUCCCGAAGACUUGGUCGAGCUGCGGAGGGUGGCUAAGCAAGUGGACGCUGUGUUAUUCAGUCACGGCGACAUCGAGCAUCUUGGGGCAUACCCAUAUGCAUUCGGUCACCUAGGGUUGAAUUGCCCUGCAUAUGCCACAUUUCCGGUGCAUGAUAUGGGACAGAUUACCAUGUACGAUGCGUUUCAGUCUAGAGCAUCCGCGGAGGAGUUCAGUACCUUCACAUUAGACCAUGUCGACGCAGCGUUCGAUAAGAUGGUCACCCUGCGGUACUCUCAACCAUUUUCUCUUUCCGGAAAAUGCAACGGCAUCACUGUCACCGCAUACUUGGCUGGGCACACGGUCGGCGGAACGAUAUGGAAGAUCAAGAAGGACACCGACGAUAUCGUGUAUGCCGUUGAUUACAACCAUAAAAAGGACAGACAUCUGAAUGGCACAGUCAUGAUGACAACGGAAGCAUUAGCUCGGCCGUCUAUUUUGAUCGCGGAUGCCUACAAUGCGAAGAACGAGCAACCACUUCGGAAAGUUCGCGAUUCGUCGCUCAUUGACGAAAUCACAUCCGCCCUCAACAACGACGCUAAUGUGCUUAUACCCGUCGAUUCGUCUACCCGAGUGCUGGAGAUCGCGUACCUAUUGGAGCAGCAUUGGGCUUUCCAGCGGCUGCAGACACCUUUACUGUUUCUAACGCACCAGAGUUACCGAACAAUGUCGAUGGCGAAAACCAUGCUGGAAUGGAUGGGUGACGGUGUAGCAAAUGCGUUUUCGCAAAGACGUGAGGCACCAUUCGACUUCAAGUUUUUACGAACAGUGUAUAGGAAGGCCGAACUCGAUAAGCUAAGAGGGCCCAAGGUUGUCUUGGCCUCCCUUGGAGGAGUGGACACCGGAUGGUCCCACGACAUUCUACGGGAAUGGGGCAGUUCCGAAAAAGCUUUGGUACUCUUGCCUGAUCGAGGCUUACCAGGGUCAAUGGCUCGAAAACUCUACACGGAAUGGAGCCUGCACGCACCGCCAAAGACCGAAGAGAACACCAGGAGCGCAGUCAAUCUGGAACUGACGAUACCGAUUAUUGCAAAAGAGAAGAUACCCCUGGAAGGGGAAGAGUUGACCGAGUUCCUAUCAAGAGAGCAGCAACGGCGGGAGCAUGAGGCCGAGAGUUUAGCGAAACAGCGCGACUUGAUGGAGGACGAUGAGAGCGAUAUCGAUGACGACGAAGGGGAGGUUGCUGAGGUGGCAAACAUCCUUGCGUCGGGGUAUGAUAUCUAUGUGAAGGAUCAGACGAAGGCUGGCGGGUUCUUCAAGCAGAGUCAGUCGUAUCGUAUGUUUCCGAUUUCAGAACCACGGAAACGCGUGGAUGACUAUGGGGAGCAGAUUGACCCUGCUGUGUAUAUGAGGGGCGAGUACCAAUAUGCUAUGCAGCAGGCGGAGGAGACGGAGGCAUCUCGGGUACAGGAGCCCAUGGAACUGGAAAAACUGCGACAAGAAGAAGAUCCCAUUCCGUUCAAGUUCAUCGCGUUCGAGUCCGCUAUAGAUGUGCGAUGCAGAGUAGUGUACAUCGACUUUGAGGGCCGGUCGGACGGAAGGUCUAUCAAGAACAUUCUGCCGCAAGUCGCUCCCAGGAAGCUGAUUCUUGUCCGCGGGUCGGAAGAAUCAACGCAGAAUCUCGAAUCGUAUUGUCUGGAAGCAGAGAACCUAACAAACGACGUCUACUCACCGCAUGUUGGGGAGUGCAUCAACGUUUCGGCUGCCACCAAUAUCUAUCAAGUGAGGUUGACGGAUUCCCUCGUCAGCUCUUUGAAGAUGACUGAGUUGGCGGAUUACCAGCUGGCGUACGUCAGCGGCCUCGUACGCUUCCCAGAAACCGAAGUCGGCGUUGGAAGCUCAGGAUCAGAGGCAAUGGAAAUCGACAUCCCAUCAAACGCUCGACCGGCGUCGCUGGGGAUUCCGGUCCUUGACGUGAUGCCAGCAGACAUGCAACAACACCAUCGGCCAGUCAUCGUUGGGGAUGUGAAGCUCUCCGAGUUUCGUCGCUUACUUCAGAACGAAGGACUAUCCACCGAGUUCGUUUCUGGUGUUCUGAUGGUGCGCAGUGCGGGCAAGGAGAAAGAUGCAGAUCCGGUCAUUGUCAGCAGAGCAAUGGCUGGGCGGCUGGCGUUGGAAGGUAGCAUAGGGGAGUUAUAUUACAGGGUCCGAGAUCUCUUGUACAAACAACAUGCAUUGUUAUAGAGUUCACUAUCUGUAAAUUACUCUACGGUAAAACUUUAGUCAAAAACUCUGCAACAUCCGAGACCUCUUCCGAUGAGCUGGAGUGACCCAUUCCCUU